CCGUGGUAUCUGUAAAUCAACAUAAUAGCUCAACCUCAUCAGUGGCUCACCGAAUACGUUCACUUGGUAGCAUAGUCUGAAUUAUCUUCUGCUGGCAAAUGCUCUACAUAGUUUUUCUUGUCCCAUCACAUAUUUGUGGCGCCUCAAAGGAGCUUUCUUGCCUUUCUUGCCGUUUACCUGGAAUUUGAUGAAGAAACUUUAAAUAGAGUAAAAAAAAAAAAAAAAAAAAAAAAUCCAAGCGGAAGCUUUAAUCGUAUCAGUUUAUGGUUACAGGCAUUGCCUGUGUUUAAUAAUUCAACAUAACAAGGUUACCCCAGUGUUGGCCCGACAUUUAAACACAUUACAUUUCACACGCCUGUCCUUAAGCUAACAUGAGGUGGUUAAAUGUUCACCUCUCCCCUCGUAGCGGCUGUCAGUCUUCCUCGAAGGGUCCAAAGGAGGCGGCCACAAGCGACAACAGCACAGUGUUCACCAGGAUCCUGGACGGGCUUCUUGAUGGCUAUGACUAUAGGCUGCGGCCUGGCCUUGGAGAGAACGUCACAGAGAUCAAGACGGAUAUUUUUGUCACAAGCUUUGGCCCGGUUUCUGACACAGAAAUGGAGUACACCAUUGAUGUGUUUUUCCGCCAGACUUGGAAGGACGAGCGCCUCUGCUUCAAAGGGCCAAUGGAAAAGUUGUCCUUGAACAACCUGCUGGCCAGCAACAUUUGGACACCCGACACAUUCUUUCUCAAUGGCAAGAAGUCCAUCGCCCACAACAUGACCACGCCAAACAAGCUGCUGAGGCUCAUGGAUGACGGGACGCUGCUUUACACUAUGAGACUGACAAUAUCAGCCGAAUGUCCCAUGCAGCUGGAGGAUUUCCCCAUGGACGCUCACGCCUGUCCAUUGAAGUUUGGCAGCUAUGCCUAUCCAGUGUCUGAGGUGGUUUACACGUGGACUAAGGAUGCUUCCAAGUCUGUAGUGGUGGCAGAUGACGGGUCCAGACUGAACCAGUACCUUCUGAUUGGACUAACCGCUGGCACGGAGGACAUACACACAAGUAGAGGUCAGUAUACAGUGAUGAUGGCUCAUUUCUACCUGAAAAGGAAGAUUGGCUAUUUUGUCAUCCAGACAUAUAUGCCAUGUUUCAUGACUGUAAUCCUGUCCCAGGUGUCAUUUUGGCUAAAUAGAGAAUCUGUUCCUGCACGAACAGUUUUUGGGGUGACCACAGUCCUGACAAUGACUACCCUCAGCAUCAGUGCCAGAAACUCCCUCCCUAAAGUGGCUUAUGCUACAGCAAUGGACUGGUUCAUUGCCGUCUGUUACGCUUUUGUCUUCUCAGCCCUCAUCGAAUUUGCAACGGUGAACUAUUUCACCAAGAGGAGCUGGGCAUGGGAUGUCAAGAAAGCUCUGGAAGCGCAGCACCCAAAGAAACGAGAGCCUGUGGUGCUGUCGAAAAAGUCCAACAACAUUUGCUUAGCUGCCGUCAACUACACGCCCAACCUAACAAAGGACACCGCAAUCUCCACCAUCUCCAACACAUCAGAGGAGCUCCAAGCCUCUCAAGUAAAGGUGGUGGACCCCAAGAAGACCUACAACAGUGUCAGCAAGAUUGAUAAGAUGGCCCGGAUACUGUUUCCCAUUCUUUUUGGAACCUUUAACCUUGUCUACUGGGCCACAUAUCUGAACAGGGAACCAGUGAUUACUGGAGCUAUUGCCUCAACCUAGUCUUAUAUUUGAUGAUUUAAAAAAAAGAAAUGUGAGCAGUUCAACCAAAAAGGACAAAGAACUCAUAUAAAUUCUUGAAAAACUAGAUUUUAAGUACUAUUAAAGGCUGCAAUGGAAUCCUGCCCUAUUUGUGAUGGCCUCAAGUGCUGCUUGAUGGCAUCGUAAACGCUGGUUUACGGCACUCUUCUUUUUGCUCCCCCAUCCUGCUGCGGUUCACAUGAUGUGCCCCUCAAAAGACAGCAGAGAACACAAAGUAGAUGCCAAUUUACAGCACAGGAGAAUGCCAUUCAUUGUUCAUACUUGACAAAGGUUUCUAUAUUCGUUAUAGGUAUUUGCAACUGAGCAUCAUAUUGUUGUCGCCUUGCCUGAAAUGCUAUGCGCAUAUACUACUGGGAAAGUGCCAUAAAACAAACAUUGCAUUUUAAUUAAAUCCCUUGGCCCUUACAAGUUGAUCAUUUACUUUCAUGUUGCCUUUUCAAUUGCUUUAAAAGUGAACUUUGUUAUUUUGUAUUAGAAUGGGCACUGUCAUGCUUGUGCAUCUUGACUUGCAUAUCCAAGCCUUUCGCUAUAUAUGGUUAUCCAAUGGCGACAUUGCUGGGAGGUAAGUGGAAGGGAAAAAAUGUGUUGAAGACUAUCAUUGCAAGGGAUUUCUGAAAAUGUAAAUGAUCAAACUUGGGGGAAAAGAACAACUCUUCUCCAAUUCAACUUUUAAAGUCUUCGUUUAGGCCCUGCCAAAAAGAAUAUUAAAUAAAAAUGUCUGGCCCACUUUGACAGGAUGACGGAACAGUGGUGGAUGAUGUGUUCUGUACAAAUUUCCCACGUGUGCGGCAAAUUAAAUUUGAGACUGGAUAGCAAAAGUAGAGACUGGAUGUAGAUUCGCAGAUGAGCAAACCAGACUUGGUCCGACGACCAAUCCUACUGCGGAGACCUACACCACGUAUGUCUUCCGAACCCAACAUGC